AUGAUCCGUGCUCCAAUCCGUGAUCCGACCCGUGAUCCAGUUCGCAAUCCGGUCCGUGAUCCGGUCCGUGAUCCGAUCCGGUCCGAUCCAGAUUUUGUCGACGUCGGUAUUAAUUCAGUUCACGCCAAUACAAACAUCCUCCUCUUAUUUUUUUAACCCCUGCUAGUUUUUCACCUCGGAAGUGAUGAGUGUUUAUAACUUGGACCACGUCGUAAGUCACGCCUAUAUAAAAGAGAACUUGAGCGUCGUGAUGGGUGGAGCGCGUUUUUUUAAAUUCAAGCUAUAUACUCUUUGACUAAGUCGGAGUGCUGAACGGGAAAAUUUUGGCUCGUAUUUGGUCAUGAAGUACGAACCGAGUGCAAAACGUUUCUCUUUUUCUCAAAAAUAAGAAACCCAUGAUUCAUCGAGUAGCGCCCCUCAUUUGUCUUAUUCAAGUUGAAGUCCAAACUUUUCGAUUCACUUUUUAAGAUAAUGAGAAGAGCUGUGUGAGUGCCGGGUCUAAUGGCUUUUCCAGACAGGCUCAUAUCAACCCGUCCGACCCUACACGUCAGUUUUACACACGUUAGCUUUUACUCGGUUUCGUAGUAUGUGAUUACGCGCGCAGUUGGCUGAAUGACUAACGCUUGCUAAGGAAUUGAUAUCGCGGGCGCAUGGGACGAGAAUGAGUCUGCGUCAGUUUUCUGCUGGGGCUGGAUUCAUUUGAGACGAAGUCCACACACUCUUGGUGAAAGUUUGUUAAUUCCUUUCGAUCUUAGUUUCGACUUCAAAUAGAGCGAAAAUCAAGAAGAAGUUAGAUUUGAAAACCACUGAGGCUGAAAUGAAAGGAAUCGUCUACGGGGUUGGAACACUAACUUUGCUCUUUGCACUUAAUCGUGUGCAUUGCGCUCCUGUGAAGCAAACGCGUCAAACGGUAAGGCUGCUUCGCUCUGUUAUAAGGUUGUCGUUUUUCCAACUCUGGUAAAAAUUGCGUUAAAUUCGGUACGCAUACAAAAAAGGGGCGAGUUAUGGUAUCAGUCUGGAAAAGGGUACAUGAAUUGAUAUUUUUGUAAUGUAACUGAUACCUGCUCUCCUGAAUAGGUGUUUGUAUUACCCUCCUUCAUCUUUCUGUUGUGUGGAAAAAAUAUAAGAGUGUCAAACGGGUAUUGCUAUAUUUCUUAAUUAUUUUUAAACUAUGGCUGUGAAAAAAUUAGGUAGCAUAGCAGGAAUUUCUCAAUACGGAGAGAUGUAAUCCACUGGCUCCAAGCUUAUCUUUCAAGAGGGAAUCGAUUGUAAACAUGUCUUGAUUAAAAAAUAGCUUGGAUUUUUUUCUCAGUGGGUAUACGGUUGUCAAAAUACAGAUCAGUCACUAAUUUCGCUGAAAUGAUCACGGAGAGCUAAUCACCUGAAAUGAAAACAAGCGCGAUCAUUUAACUGCAUUUUUUUUUUAACUGUUUGCUUUAUUUUUCUUGGCUCAACGACGUAUUUAAUGCAUCAAGUAGCUAAAUGAACGACUAUCACGCUUAGCAAUUCGUGAUCCAGAGUCACCAAAAAAUGUUUAUUUCAUCAUCGUGAUUAAAAAAGCAGACGAUAGAACUGUUUUUUUUAUAAGCAUACUCGUCCUUUAUUGAAAGAGUAUCUAUUAAGUGGAAUCUAAAAUUACAGAAAUCACACCAGAGGCAGGCGACUCAAUCAGACAAAAUAAUCAGCCAAGAGAGAAGUGACCGAGCAACUGUCAUCAGAGUACUUUGCAAUCUUGUACUCUGAGGCGGUCCUGAACCAAGUUUACUUUUGGAGAGAGCGAGAGAGGAUGGAAGAAUUAAUCUCCGUAAAAAUGUUCCUGGUCGGUUGAAGGAUGCAUUUAUUCCCUCGCAAACGAUCACCCUGAUUUUUUGCUUGUCCUAUCGAACUAAAACAUGUGAAGGUGUGAGUCUCUCGGAAGCAAAUGAUAUGAUUAACAUCAGUAAUAGUGAUAAUAAUGAUAAUAAUAGUAGUAGUAAUAGAAGUAGUAGUAGUAGUAGUAGUAGUAGUAGUAGUAGUAGUAGUAGUAGUAGUAGUAGUAGUAGUAGUAGUAGUAGUAGUAGUAGUAGUAGUAGUAGUAGUAGUAGUAGUAGUAGUAGUAGUAGCAGUAAUGGUAAUAUCACAAAGAUCUACAUAGCGCUGAUACGAGAAAAAAAUUCAAAAGUGCUUUUUAGUAAGCACUUAAAGCUUUCCUAAAAAGAAAUGUUUUCAGUUUCUUUUAAAUGGCGAGGCUACUACAGGUUUUAAUCGAUAAUGGGCAGAGAGUUCCAAAUACAGGAGCAGCAUGAGCAAAAGGGAGAUUCCGAAGUGUAGAACUUGAAUCUUGGAACAAACAGGAGAGAUUGUGUUGAGGAGCAAAAAGCAUAAUCAGAAGCUAGUGUGGGAGAAAAACAAAUUAUAAAUAAUUUGUCAAUCGCUUUUCUGCAGGUUGCACCUUAUGUGACUUAAGCUCCAUACUCGCCUAAAAAGCCUAAAAAGCGUGAAAAAAAAUAAUGAGGCCUGUUCUGCAGGAGAGGGGUUUCGUGCUGUUUGGGAGUGACGUGGAUGACACAGGCACACCCCUUAUUUGUAAUUGACACCCUACUGCUCAACUACGUUCAUAAAGAGCGCAACUAAACGUAAACUCGAAACCACGCACACUGUCGUUGCCUGGACAAGGAACCAUCAGAAUAUUGUAAAACAAUAAUUUAAACGGUUCAUAGCCCACGAAAUACGAACUGUAGGGACUGAACAUGGAUUUCAAGCCCUUCACAGUGGCAUUGUUAACUCUUUCGCUAUCUCCGGUGUUCGUGCGAAGCGCUGCGAUCAAGCAGGCGUACCAAACGGUAAGACUUUACUUCAGCAAAUGUACGGUUGAUGGAUGUUGCACGCAAAUACACAAGUGAGCAGAGGAUACGUAGCAGAUAAUUCCAGCAUUGUAUAGACGUGAAUAUUUCAAAUAUGUGACCCGGAGCGACUAAAAGUCGUCGUAGUAAGUACGUGAUUUCAUUCACCCGGCGUUUUGAGCUCAGAUGUGCAAUCAAUCUGCUUUUUUAAUAUUUACAUCGCGGGGUUCAUCCUCACGAUUGUCGUUGUUCUGCAACAGCAUGCGAAAGGUCAUCAUUGUACAACGACAGCUGACAAAUACACAUAACUGCAGUCCUGGAGGAAUCAUUAGUGGAGUAAUUUUGGGAAACGAUAAUUUUUUACAUUCUGACAAAACGCGUGUAUUCGCGCGAGAAACCCCGCACUGUCAAACCCACGUCCUAUAACUCCGCGCUCUCUCGCGUGUUCGCGUUAUUUAUCUGUGAGAGAAGAGUCUUUUCGUAAUGUACAUCACUCUUUCAAAUGAAGCAAAAAAAAUGUUUCAUAAACAACAUGAAAUAAACCUGCAGAAUAGCUGUCAAUUUUUGGCGAAUUCAGGAAAACGAAGGCGAGUUCAAAGCGUGUUGUGCAAUGAGGAGGAGGAGAAGUUGUUUCGCGCUCCCUCUUGCGCGUAAAUCGCUUUUCCCGUUGCCCUCACUCUUGUCUCGCGCGUGUGUUCACUUCCCUGAAAAACGCAAAAAAUAAAGCCUGUUACGCAGGUCUUGUAGAUUUGCCCCAAGAUUUUUCUUGUCGACUCGUGUAUCUCCUUUUUUUGCUAACAACCUCUCUUAUAAACUCUUCCAUCAACUAUUCUUUGUAGGCAUUGUUUAUGGAGAAAUUUGGUUACUUGGAUGAUGAUGUCAUAGGCAAGAACAGAGGUCCAUUGGAUCCGAACUCGACUGAGUUUCGAGCAUCGAUCAGGAAACUUCAAAGAUUUGGCAAUAUCCCGGUCACAGGACGAAUUGAUGCAGCCACCAUAAAGCUCAUCAAUACUGACCGGUGUGGUGUGAAAGAUCCACCCUCCGAUGCCGCAGGAAGAUUUACUUUACAGGGGUCCAGAUGGAAGCGAACGGUCAGGAAAUAAGUUUUUUUAAUUACAACGAAAAGACUUAUGCUUCAUUGCCGAAGAUGAUUACGAAAAUUGUUCUUGUUUUGAUCGUCUUCAAGAGAUAGUAUUGCUUUGUUUUGCAUCUGUUGCCAUAAACACUUCAAAGAAGCUUAUUUAAAUUGAAAUCAUAGCUACCCAGUCACGAAAUUUUUAACCUAGCUUAAAGGUUUUCUUUUGAAGAAACAUAACGCGGGGCAAUUACGGAAGGGGUAAGAUAUGACCGUAUAUACCACAUGUUGAGCUAACCAAUCGAAUCACAAUCAAAUCGUAACAUUCGCUUAAUUCUCGGCUGCUCGUUCGUCGUAACAAGGAUAUAUUUGUGAUAAGCAUAAUUCUUGUUAGUAUACACUACAGCAAUGGAUAGCGUUUAAGACGCGCUCUGAUUGGCUACUGAAACUCCGAAUAUGCUUUGCUAUUCACCACCAAACAACUCGCGCGGGAAUCGCGCCUGAAAUCGUUGCAGAAAUCAAUUAGUAAAGAUCAUUAAUUUUCUAAGAUAUUAUCUCACCAUUUUGGUAUAUACUAAAACAACUAUCUUUCUUUUUUUUUACAGGACAUAACUUAUAGGAUUCUUAACUACACCAAGGAUGGCAUACCGUUCAGCCAACAGCGAAGAAUUUUCCGGAAAGCGUUCGAUUUGUGGCAGUCUGCCUCGGCGUUGAGGAUUAGAGAGGUACACAGGGGAGAUGCUGACAUUCUCAUCAGCUUUGUUCGCCAAAAGCAUGGAGAUCCAUAUGCCUUUGAUCGUAGAGGUGGUACAUUGGCGCACGCAUUUUAUCCCCACAAUAACAGAGGUAAGAGUUAAGUUUCUUUCUUUGCGUAUAUAGCUGCGCCUGCGAAGUACAGCCCUCAAACAUUAGGCAUGCGCUGAUUUUCGGCACGAAAUUUCAAAGGAAAAUAUACGAAUCAAAUUUUUUCGUAUAAACUAAGCGAGAAAAAUUGAAACGCCAGCAGAAAUCUGUAGAGAGAAUUGGAAACAAAAGCAAGAAAAGGAAGAUUUGGGACUCUUCCAAUUCCCCUUUGAUUUCCAUUUUGUUUUGAGCCUUACCAAAGAAACUAUCAGGUUUUGAAAUAAUUUGAAUCACAGACUUCUAUAGGUUGUGAAUUGACUUCUUAAAGCACCCUGGUUCUAACAGCCUCAAGUCAAAGCACGACACGUAGCCAUUACAAGGUUCGCUUAUGCGUGAACAUUCGACCAUUGUGUUGACUAAGCUUAAGAUUUUAACUAGUUCAGCAUUUGACUUUUUUUUUCUUUUUUUUUCGCCCUCUGCGUGGUUUGAAACCCACUCAUCUGUUAAACUAAUUACGUUAUUCAGUUUAUAACUAGUUCUUUGUUUACUUAUUUCUCAUUGAAGGUCUCUCUGGUGAUGCCCAUUUUGACGAUGAUGAACAUUUCACAACAGGAAGGAAAGAUGGCAUCAACCUAGAUUGGGUGGCUGUUCAUGAGUUUGGACACAGUCUGGGUCUAGAACAUUCCAACGUACAAGGAUCCAUCAUGUACCCGUGGUACAAAGGAUAUGUUGAGGAUAUCAAACUAACAAAUGAUGAUACGCAAGGCAUUCAGUCUUUAUAUCCAAGUGAGUUGUCUGUUGGUAAUUUUCCUGUCAUUUGCUGUCUUAUUUUUUCUAUUGUUGUGACAAUGACCACCUGAAAAGUCAUCUCUGUGUGAGGAGGCUAAUAAGAGUCCACGGUAUGUUGAUUAAUUUACUUAGCAAGUAAUCUAUCAAUCAAUUCUGCAGUUCAGUGAAACCAUGUGUAGGUGUCAAGGUCAUUAUGAUCGUUGGUCUCAAAGAUAUUUUUAAUCGUUUUUAUUUUUUGUCAAUGAUUAUUAUUAUUUUCAUUAUUAUUGUCAUCGUCGUUUUUAUCAUUAUCACCAUCAUUAUUAUUCGUAUCAUUAUCGUUAUUAUUGGGGAAUAUGUUUGACGCAGUGGUGAGAACGCUCGCCUCCAACCACCCAGCCCGGGUUCGAUUCUCAGACCUGGUGUCACAUGUGGGUCGAGUUUGUUGUUGGUUCUCGCCCUUGCUUCGUGGGUUUUUCUCCGGGUCUUCUGCUUUUCCUCCCUCCAUUAAAACAAUCAUUCUAAUUCCAAUUCGAACUGGAAACAGUGGACAAGAAGAACCACCUCGUGGAAUGUCCACUCCUACCUGCCAUUUAUUUUUUUAUUUUAUUAUUAUGAUUAUAAUCUUUCGUUCUUAGCAUUAUCAUGCGUGCUAUUUUAUUAUUUACUAUUUUUCUGACGGUAUUAUCUAUAAUCUUUUCAGUGCCAACUAUUCGGCGAAUCAUACCAACUACGAGAAUCACCACCACUGUUACUACCACCAGACGCCAGCCCCCAACCCCGCGACCCACAGUUCCGACUGAGGUUAUUUGCAGCAGCACAGUUCGUUAUGAUACAGUAUUUGUUGGUACUAACAGAUGGACGUAUUUCGUGGUUGGAGAUAAGUUCUGGAUCUUGGACAGGCAGCUGCGCAGGCGUGGACCGUACACCAUAACGAGAUAUUGGAGGGAUAUAAAGACCCCUUUAGAUGCUGCUUACCGCAAUAAAAAAGGAAACGUGGUGUUCUUCAAAGGAUCAGAGUAAGAUACAUUUUUUGUAACAAUUUGAGAGUUAUCUCACAGGCCGUGCGGUUUCCAUACUUAAGGUUCCCAUAUUUAGAGCGUUCUCCAAUUAAAUAUUCGAGCAACACGCCAGUAUGUUGCAAGUGGCACCAAGAUACUAGCUCUUUCAACCGCUUACCCACUCCCACCGAGAUUAAAAGGAAAGUCUACAUACUAUUAUAGCUAUCAUUGCUACCAGAACUUAUCUUAUAUUUUGCAUGAAGCGUCUUGACAAGUCGCAUCUCUUGCAGAUUCUGUCGAGGAUGUUAAUCUGAGCUCCGGCGUCGAUGCAACAUCAGGCCACCGCCGUUAGUAGCCCUUUCCCCUCAUCCAUCGAGAAUGUGUGCUGAAUAUAGAACAUAUAUAGCAAUAUAAACAUCAAACAUCACUUGUUCCCGAGAAUCUUUAAUUUAUUCCUUUCAUUCUUAUCGUUAGGUUCUGGGAAUAUGACUCCAAGAGAGUGUUAAGGAAUUCUGGUCAAAUUUCACGGUACGGUCUUCCCUCAGCUCUCGCUAACAUGGACGCAGUUUUCACAUGGGAGAGGAACAGGAAGACUUACUUUUUCAAGGACACCCUGUACUGGCGAUACAACGAAGACAGCAAGAGGACAGACUGGGGAUAUCCCAAGGGUAUCAAAAACGCCUGGAAAUCAAUUCCCGAUCACAUUAAUGCUGCCGUCCAGUGGGUCAACAGAAGAACCUACGUUUUCAGGGGAAGGCAGUAUUUAAAGCUUCAGCAGGGAAAGGUAUAUAUGGAGCAAGGAUACCCUCAAGAGAUUGCCAAAAGAUGGAUGAAAUGUAACCCUGGCAAUGAAAAGGACAGAGGUUUUGCCUCAAAAGAUCCCUAAAACUACACGAAAAAUGUGAUGUCCUCUUUAAUGUGCAUGUAUUUUAGACGGGAGAAAUAUACGAAAAAUUCAAGAACUGAUGGUCUCGUUUAGAGAUCAUAGGUUUAUGAUCACAGAUCAAAUAGUCAAAGGUAACAGGUUGCUGCCCACAGCAGAGGGAGUUUCGUAUUAUGAUUACUAGACAAUUCAGAUUUCAUUCGCGUAAUACUGAAAUUAUAGAUCUUAUAACAAAUAUAUAUCAACUUUUUUCCGCAUCACCAGAAACAGCGCUAAAACUUUGUCACUAAACAAAUUUCCUUCAUUUAAGAACUUUUCCUGUUGACUCACGCUUAAACGUUUGAUUUUAAGUCCAACGCCUGCAACCCUCCCCUCCCCCACCAAACAAAUAUUUUCUCCUCGACAAUUCUGUAGGUCCUAUUUUAACCUAUGACCUGUAGCUUUCUGAGGAAACACCCACCAUCCAAGAAGUGAAACAAAAACUCUAAAAAAUUUUUUAACAGUUGUGGAAAACAGAAUAGUUCAAUCGACCUAACCCAAUUUCGUGUCAUUACAACACUCUUGUUGUUUGUAAUAGAAAAUAAUUGCGACGUCAAUUUCAUGGGAUUUCAUCACAUAAAUUGAUUUAUCACAAUCCCUGGUUAACCAAUGGAAACUUUUAAACUGUUUUCACUUUUUAUGAGUUGAAUUCUUUAAAUAUAUCAUAUGUAGGCUCGAAAUUAAUGGAAGACACUCCUUAAUUCUCUCUCUCCCAAGAUCGCAUUAAUAAUUCUCUUAACAUUCUGCCACACAGUUCUUAUGAUGUUAGUUUCGAGGAUUUGUUAUUGUUAUAAAGAAUCUCCUAGCUGUAUUCCUUUAUUCCUAUCACUUGCCUCCUUGAUAUUGCAUUGAAAUUGUAAGGAGAAAAUCUGUUUUGGUCACUCAUGGGAGUUAAAGGAUUAUGAACCAUCUGAACCAAAAGAAUGUUCUCAGCGAUAAGUUUCGCGGCAGUUAAACUUGGCCGAUCUAUGAAAAGGAAAACCGGAUGGCACUAAUGCAACACUAACAAUAACAACAACAGGCUUUGUUUUAGUAGUAAUAGAAGUAUAUCAUAGCAUUACAAAAGCGAUCCAUAUCUCAUUGUAGCAGGGACCGCGCAGAGGGAGGGGCUGUAAAUAAAUACAUUAAAAAAAACAUAAUUUAAUAAAAAUAACGGAGCCAAAAAAAAAUAGCCCUUCCCCUCCCUCCCCCCCUCCUCACUCAAAAACUUGCUGCGCGGUCCCUGUGUAGUCAAUACAAUCAUGUAACGAAAGGAAAAUUAGCGGGAGAAAUUGCAACCGUGAUUUGCUCAUUGCAGUCUCCAGCCUUCAGGGUUAACGAAAGGGAAACGCGAGAAAGACACUAGAAAUCCUCCGAGGGCAGAAGUUCUUUUAAUAUCUAUAAAUAAAAAAAAAUAGACCAGUUUUCUAUUUCACUUACUUAUGUAUCGUAGAUAUUUGGAGUUAUUUAAAAGAGAGACAUUGCCAUGAAGUGAACAGGCUUCAUUGGGAAUCUAAGAAAACAAUUCCUGUCGGGGCUGUUUUUGUACAAGUGCGAAAGAGAGUAAUUGGCCCAGUUUUUAAUAAUCAUUCAUCUGAAUGAUGAUUUUAGAUAUACGAAAUUCAUAUAUUUGCACCACGGUGAAGAGAUGAAAUUAAGAGAUCCUCGCAGCUAAGAACACUACUGAAACGAGUAGUCAUCUAUUGUUGUACAAAUCUACCACAAUUUACCAUUGUCUUUUUAAGCUGAAAUAGAUUUCUUGUUGCCAUGCAUCUGUUCAAUAAUAAAUCACAGAUGACGCCAAAAUGUGGUAAGAAUAAAAAAGGUAGCACACGGGGCGCAGCUGAGUGUGUCACUGAUGUUCUUAACCCUUCAACUCCCAAGAUCUGAUUGUUAAUUCUCCCCUCUAGCUGCUACACAUUUCCUUGUGAAUAAGUAGGAUAAUCUUAGGUUAUUAUAGGAAGAAGUUACUUGUUAAUCACCUAAAGUUUAACAUAUUUUGACGUCUUUUGUGUUAGUGUUCACUGAGACCCAUGGCAACAUGGAAGCUAGUUGUGACGCCACCAUUCCAAAAAUUUUGCUUAUUCAUCAUAUAAUUAAAACGUUUGUAAAUCACUCUUCUCCAAGUAGUGAUUAACAAACUUUUCCGUGUUCUCCUUACAGCCCUCGUGGGUUGUUACGCCGGUACGCUGAUAAAAAGUAUAUCAUAUAUAUACUUAAAACGUUUGUGAAUCACUCUACUCCUAGAAGUGAUUUACAAACUUUGCCGUGUUCUCCCUACAGCCCUCGUGGGUUAUUACGCCGGUACACCGAUAAAAAGUGUAUCAUAUACUUAGAACGUUUAUGAAUCACUCUUCUCCAAGUAGUGACUUACAAACUUUUUCCGUUUUCUCCCUACAACCCUUGUGGGUUAUUACGCCGGUACACCGAUAAAAAGUGUAACAUAUACUUAAAACGUUUGUGAAUCACUCUUCUCCAAGUAGUGAUUUACAAACUUUUCCGUGUUCUCCCUACAGCCCUCGUGGGUUAUUACGCCGGUACAAUGAUAAAAAGUGUAUCAUAUACUUAAAACGUUUGUGAAUCACUCUACUCCAAGUAGUGAUUAACAAACUUUUUCCGUGUUCUCCCUACAGCCCUUGUGGGUUAUUACGCCGGUACACCGAUAAAAAGUGUAACAUAUACUUAAAACGUUUGUGAAUCACUCUUCUCCAAGUAGUGAUUUACAAACUUUUCCGUGUUCUCCCUACAGCCCUCGUGGGUUAUUACGCCGGUACACUGAUAAAAAGUGUAUCAUAUACUUAAAACGUUUGUGAAUCACUCUACUCCAAGUAGUGAUUAACAAACUUUUUCCGCGUUCUCCCUACAGCCCUCGUGGGUUAUUACGCCGGUACACUGAUAAAAAGUGUAUCAUAUACUUAGAACGUUUAUGAAUCACUCUACUCCAAGUAGUGAUUAACAAACUUUUUCCGCGUUCUCCCUACAGCCCUCGUGGGUUAUUACGCCGGUACAAUGAUAAAAAGUGUAACAUAUACUUAAAACGUUUGUGAAUCACUCUACUCCAAGUAGUGAUUUACAAACUUUUCCGUGUUCUCCUUACAGCCCUUGUGGGUUAUUACGCCGGUACACCGAUAAAAGUGUAUCAUAUACUUAAAACGUUUGUGAAUCACUCUACUCCAAGUAGUGAUUAACAAACUUUUUCCGCGUUCUCCCUACAGCCCUCGUGGGUUACUACGCCGGUACAGUGAUAAAAAGUGUAUCAUAUACUUAAAACGUUUGUGAAUCACUCUACUCCUAGUAGUGAUUUAGAAACCUUUCCGUGUUCUCCCUACAGCCCUUGUGGGUUAUUACGUCGGUACACUGUAAAAAAGUGUAUCAUAAACUUAAAACGUUGGUGAAUCACUCUACUCCAAGUAGUGAUUUAGAAACUUUUCCGUGUUCUCCCUACAGCCCUCGUGGGUUAUUACGCCAAUACACCGAUAAAAAGUGCCCACGGCUCUCGACCAAUGAUCGCGCAAUAAUUUGUACAGUUGUCUUGAAAAUCUGAUUGUUAUCCUUGCAUAUGUGACGAGAAGUAAAUUUAAUUACAAAACCUUCCUUACACCUAUCAGGUAAAUGAAUAUUCAAUAAGGAUGUAAUUAUGGUUAGGUAGGGAAGUUGAACAACAAAAAGGAAUCUGGAAAUAAUGGGAUUAGCUGUCAUGAGCCCAUCCUUUGGUCAGGAUUAUACAGCGACGUUUCUGUCUAGUGACAAGGCAUUUUUGCGCACAAAUCGUGUAAUAUUACAGUUCAUUAGUCCGACAGUUGUGCUCCCCGGAAAUAAAAGAGAAAGGCAUUUCAAAAAUAGCCCGAAUAAAUGACAAUGUACGAAAGUGGGCUGAUAUCUUGUCACCCCUUUACAACACAAAAGUAUUAAAUGAGGCGUUAACCUCAUUAUCUAACUUGUCAAGGUUUGUGGCAGGCUUUAAGAAUACGGGCGCCUUUGAUAUGUAUUUGUAUUCUGAGGGUUCAACGAGUGAUUACAUCGUGCAGUGGUACAUGCCGUGUGUCUAAAUUCACUGAGAACUUAUCGUCUUAGUUCUUGGUCAUCCAGCUGGGUUCAAUCAUGAAAAAUUCUUAAAUGGAUAACACCUGCGUCGCCCACGAAGAUUAAUCAGCCUAAAUGGGCGCGUAAUCCUGAAUAGUGGGAGGGUCAUUUUUUAAGUUUCAAAUGAGAAUUGAGUUGUUUGAAUAAACUCAAAGCUUGUCGGAUUUCCUUCCAUCAUCAAUGCCACUUUUCAUUUCCUCUCUGUACAGUUUGACAUAUCAUUGGUUUUGGGGCGCGGUGCCAGCUUUGUUACUAAAUAUAAAAGAAGGAAAAUUAUUUUGUGUUUUCCACUUGUUGUGGGAUGAUUACAUUCAUAAACUUCCAUUGCUAGGCAUUUUAAGAAAGAAUUUCUGUUGUUAUUGUAUACUUCGAUAAGGUCUGUGUGCGUCAAGCGAGUAACUUGUUCGCGAGAAAUAACCGAUCAAAGAACCAGUAUUCAUCACUUUUCAACAUGAGCUCCUCCAAAUCCGUGACUCUUUUAACGGCAUUCUCCGCUAUCAUGGUUGCUCUAACAUCAGCAAGACCUGCAAGUGUACCGCCAAACGUUUUGGUGAGUUUUUAUUUGAUGUGGUAAGCUUUAAUAAAUCUCUUUAAGGAACGAAAAUCUUUGUAAUCAAGAGGAGACGGUUUUUUUUUCUGUCAAAAUGAAUGGGCGCAAAAUGUUUUAACCAUGCAGAGGUUGUUAUUAUUUCAGUGAUUGUUGUUAAGGCGCUUAGUUGUCGAUAGACCACACAUUUUAAAUUUCUACUGCUAAAAUUGUGUUCCUGACAUUAUCCUAUUCAGAAUGCUCCUAUUUCUUUAGAUAUGUAAAAGUUUAUGUGUUCUUUCUAUCAUUUUUUUGUCUAAAUUUUUUUGUUUAAACUAUCUCCCGAGGCAAAAAUUCCUCAGUAGGAUAUUUCAACACGAAUGUUUUCCACAGGAAAUUCAAAAUUUAGAUAACUCAUCUUUCCUCGAGGAUGCAUUACAGUCAGAAACACGCUGAAACUUUCAAUAGAAUGUGUUGUUUGACAUCCUUAGUCCCUUGUAAAUCUUAAUUUUUUUUGCUCUGUCUCAGAUGGCCGUCUGUCUGCUAUACAAAAGUUAUUAAGGACUUGAAUUCUUUUUGCAAUUCAAAACUUUUUAAGCGAGUUCUAAAAAAAGGCCAGGAAAAUUCUUUGUAUCUGUUAAACCUUCGGAAGAGAAAAUUCCACGCCAAAGAAUUUCACUCAAAAACCAAAAGCCUCUUUGUUUUUCCUGUCUUUAAAUAUUGGAUAACAAAUGGAAAGAUUCUCUAAAAGUGAUGUCAUCAUGACGUCAAUAUUUUUUCAGUCAUCAUUGUCAAGGAGGGCCGCAGGAACAAACACGUAGGUUAAACAAACCUACGCUUGAAACAUCAUUACAAAAGUUAAGUAAAUUAUGAUAUGCGAUGCUAAAAGAAAACAGCUUUUGAAUUGCAAAAUUUCAUAACGCCGGAUGUUCACAAAAGCUCUCAUUCAAUUAUGGUUGGGUACAAAGUGUAACGGGUCCACUCGAAUAAAGUGCCAGAUAUGAAACUUCACGCUAUAUAAUAAUUGAAGUUUUUUCCUUUAAAAGUCCGGCGCGCAACAGGCUCUGUCUGGCCUUAAAAACGACUAUUCACUUACUCAGUACAAUUCUUGUAGACUUUUGGACUUUGGAUUUUUGAUGAUUAAAGAUCGCAGCUCUUUCUAACCCACACUGCCCUCUUGGGUCAACGUUUGUGGUAUUGAGGCACGCCAGACUGUAACGGCUAGAAUAGACUUCAACAUGACUAUUAAAUAUCAGAUUCUUCCGUGUAAAACUUCCAUAAACCAUUCUCUAUUAUCUAUAUAUCAAACCCACGGAAGACAACUUUUUAAUUUUGAGUGUAAACUAUUGAAAUAUUUCAUCCGAAAGGAUCCUUUUUUAGUCGAAAACAAACAACAAGACUUUUGGAGCACAUCCAACACUAAUAUCUCUUCAUCAGACACAGGAAGAAUACGGACAGCAACGUUUUGUCCUAACACUUGCGGUUUGAAAGUUAUUAAUAACUACAAACCACACAACCCCUUACUGCUGUGAAAUAAUGUAGAUAUAACAUAGAUAGUUCACAUUCUUCAGAGAUUAUUUCAUACGUCCGAUUUGGCUUGAAGUGUCUCUUUCUAAACAGGAACGCGUUUUCUUCGAUGAAAGCAAAAGGUUUAGAGUAUAUUGUCUCAGAAAUCUUGAGGGGUCUUUAAGGGUCUUGAGUGGUAAUCUGUCCUUAAACGAAUAAUUUCGUUCCAGUUUGACUCACAGCUGGGGGUACAAAUUAUUCAACUCACUCGUUUUGACUUCCCUUGAAUAAUUUUAAUUUUCAGUCCGACUUUUCGAUUUGUGAUACUCAAUCAGGUCUUCCGAGGAAGGGACACUGCCCUUGGCUCAAACAAUCCCACCAUCGAGGUGUCUGAAUCCCAGAACAGAAAGGCUUUAUUUAAAAUAUGGUUUCGGAUAAAAGGGGACCUAUAUCAUUGACAAUUUUGGACACAAGGAAUCUAUUUCAUUAUAAGUUUUAUCAAAUUCCCCUUCGGAAAAGAAGAGCGCUCUAAAGUUUGCCUCGCUCCUAAGGUGUUCUCUUCGUAGCUCAGUUGGAAGAACUAAAAUCGCAGUCGUCCUGCGAUGAUCAUUUCUUUGGUUAAUUUUGUCUAAUUUUUAGACAAAUUAGAUUAAAAUGAAUUUGGCCGCUACCAAACCAGAAAUAAAAAAAAUGCUUUAACAUAUGAAAAGUCAGAGGAACCUCUCGAUCACUUUCGUAUUUGGAGCACUAAACCGCUCAUACAUGUUUCUUUGUAUCACAGAUUACGACAGGUCAGCAUUCGUUGUUAUUUUUAGCCAAGAAAGAAAAACAAUCCUGACCAAGAGUGAUCAAUCUGGCCGAGGACCACCAUGCUCACAUUAAAAUGGACUUCAUCCACCGGCGUUCACUUUGUGUGCAUUUGAAAAGUUUGCCGUCAACAGUUUUCUUUCAAUAUCUGCUACACUUUUUCUUUUUACGUGUGUAUCUCUAAGUUAGUGAUAACUUCGUUUUCAAUCUCUGCCGGUUGGGAUAUUUUGUUUUCCUCUAAAUUAAGGAAAAAUACCUUACUCAACGUAUCAUAUGAUGACUGUUUAACAGACAAUCACUUAAUCAUACUUCUUAACUUGUACGCAAGUAAAUCUACUUGGUUGUUUAUUUUUUUGUCAUGAUAUCAAAAAUCUCAACAACUCACUUUUUAGAAUUACUUGGAGAGAUAUGGUUACCUGUCCCCUAGCGAUGUGAAAUCAGGAGAAGUAAAGAGUAAAAGGAUACUUGAUCAAGCAGUGAGGAAUCUUCAACGUUUUACAGGGCUGAACGAGACCGGAAAUCCAGAAGAUCCAGGCACGACUCAGUUGGUUACAAAACAAAGGUGUGGUUUUCAAGAUCUUGGUAAAGCAGCAGAGUUCCGAAGAAAGAAAAGAUAUGUUCGUCAUGGAACUUCAUGGAAGAAAAGAGUGAGUGGAAAGAUUUUUCUUUUUUUUUGGGGGGGGGGGGGAGGGGAAGGGGGAGGGGCAAAGGGUGGAGAGGGUCUCGGUUUAGUAGCAGCAUUGCAAAUGGAAAUUGAACGCAGACCAGCUAACCAAGAUGAAAGCACUGUGCAUUUUUGCAAAUUCAAGGCUCCGAAAAUCUGUCUCUGUUUGCUGCCAAAAGGAAAGAGGACAAAGGAGAACGCUCUUGUUCCAGAGUCAUGAAUAGGAUCCCAAGGUGUUAGAACGGCUCAGAAGUGCAAAAGUGUUUUGUCUAGUUAUUUAGUAGUUUUCUCUGGUGAAUUUGAAGUGCCUGACACUUUCUUAUUAGUAUUUGAUUCGUUAUUGGUCACAUCUGUAUGAUUAAUUGAAAUAAUUUUCUCUAAGUAACUUUUUUGUUGUUUUACAAUGUUUUACAUUUUUCCAGCAUUUAACUUACAAGAUAACACGCUAUACUUCAGACCUCACAAAAAAGCAAGUGGACAGAACAAUAAGGUCUUCCUUGAAGAUGUGGGCAAAGGUUACUCCACUGACCUUCUCAAAAGUGAGCAGUGGUCCCGCAGAUAUUGAAAUCGUUUUUGAAAAAAGGAAAGACGAUGAUUAUUCAUUUGACGGGAGAGGAGGCGAACUGGCUUAUGCUUACUUUCCUGGAAAUAACAAGGGUGAGUUGAUAAAGUGGCUCUUACCACUAAGCUAUUUUUCAAAAAUUAAAAGUGAACGAAGCUUGACUGAAUAUCUUCGGUGAGUUACCAAAGAAAUUUGUGGCCUGUCAGACAGGGUUCGUAACAGGAUAGGUAAUUUUUCAUUUUUUUUUUUAACUUUCUUUCUAGACUGCCAAAAGUAUUGGAAUGAACCAUAAAAUAUUCAUUUAGAAUUUAGUGUGAAAUUACAAUAUCGAUUAGAAGCAUUCUCCAAUCGUCGGAAAUUUCAUUUUAAGCCAUCAAGUUUAGUCUGAAUUUUUUUCAUUUUCCAGCCUGAUUUUGUUUAUCUUGGAGAAAGGUUUGAGAAUCAGAGACCGUGGACGCGAAAGCUUACUAUUUGCCACACUUUCAAGACUCUGAUGUCCAUUUCCUUGAAAUUCGAGUAUUCUCUAUAAUAUCUACUAUCAACUUGGAACUCAUGAUGUUUUCCUUGAUCGAGCAGGAAAGGUAAAACACGUCGCUAUGCGUUUUGAAACCCGUCGUCUCGUAUUCCCGCAACAACCAGUAUACUACUGAUUGGACGAAUGUAACUCGGUCUUGAAGAAUUUUGCUAAAAAAUAAAAUAUUAGUAUGACAGAAGGAGGAUUAUCGGGACAAAAGAGUUUCGAUUCUGAUUUAAUUUCAGAUGACUGACUUUCCUUACUUUUUAGGGGACUUUGGAGAUAUCCAUUUUGAUGACGAAGAAACAUUUACAGUCUCCAGACAGAAUGGAGCAGUAGACCUAAGAUGGCUGGCCCUCCAUGAGCUCGGACAUAGUUUGGGGCUCGCUCACUCCUCUAACAAACGGGCCAUAAUGUACCCGAUUUAUGAAGAAAGUCUGUCGGGAAAUAGACUGAACCGUGAUGAUAUUCUUGGAAUUCAACAUAUAUACGGUACGUCAAUCCCGUUUGGGCGCAGAGUUGAAAAGUAGCUAAAACUUUGUAUUUUCUUGUUAAAAAGCAAUUUAAAAUUGCUUGUUUUUUAUUUUCUUUGUAACUUACUGAGAAACCUCGAGCCAUCCAACCGACGAAUCACACGCAACUCAAAGUGAUCGUAGGCGUUUCUCUAGCCUCAUGUAACUGCAGGUGGAUGACUAAGCUUUUGGAUUUGCGACGUUCAAUCGAAAUGCGCUCUAUCGGUGCAUACCGUUUGCCGACAUUUUUCAGACAAAUAGAUGAUUCGAUCACACUCGCAAUGCCAAGACCAGACUCACUAAAUCUGGUGUCGACGUUUAUAACCGUUAGCCACACGUACCCUUUCACUCGAGCCUGUUUGUUUGCAUAGUGUGUUCAAGGCUCUCAGUCAGCAGAGGCGAGUGAAAAAUAAGAGUGGGAGUAUGAAUUACCCAGCUGUUUCCUUGGCAACAACGAUCGCCAGGUCCGCUUUCUUUUUUUUUCCGCUGUCCCACUUUUAAACUCGUCUCCACCUAUUGAAAACCUGGCAAAGGCUAAGGUUUAUUCACAUACUUAUUAAUUUAUGUGUUGUAACAACCUUAGGUAAGCCAAAUAUCAAAAGAGUCACACCCACUCCUCACCUUGACCCGGUACAGUCUCCAGGAAAACCCAAUCCCUGCAGCAGUACGCUUGACGCUAUGAUAAUGACCGCUGACAAGAUAACCUAUGCCUUCAAGGGGGCAUACUUUUGGCCGGUCGGCGAUCAGGGAGCAUUUACUGGAGCUCUUAAAAUAUCUGAAUUCUGGGAAAAACUCGAGGAUGAUAUUGACGCUGGCUAUACAAGAAAUUUUGACGGACUUACCUUUAUUUUCAAGGGAUCAAGGUGAGUAGUUUUUCAUCAUUUUCCAUUAUUUUAAUUAUCCGUCUAUCGAUCCGUUCCCCCCCCCCUCAAAUUUGUUUAUUCAUUUCCGUAACCACUAUUUUAUCUAUCUUCAUCUCCGACGAAAACUUUUCGCCUCUCAGAGCAGAUGAUGUCCACGGAAAUAAAAUGCGUGUAUGUCUUUACGCUAAAUGAAGGUUAUUGUUCAUAUAGAAUGAUUAAUUUAAUUCGUAGAUACUGGACCUACAAAAAUCGAACGUUGGUAGAAGGUCCAUUGAACAUAACAGACCUGAACCUGCCCAACGAAGUACACAACAUGGACACCGCACUAGAGUGGGGCGCAAAUGGAGAGCUGUACAUCUUUAAGGGCGACAAAUUUUGGAGAUAUAGCAGCGAAAGAAAAAGUCUCGACCCUGGAUACCCCAAAACUAUUCACUCCGUGUUACCUGAUCUUCCGAAUCAUUUGAACGCUGCACUGCAAUGGAAAAAUGGCAAGACGUACUUUUUCAAGGGGACACAAUAUUACGCCUUAAAUGACACUUCUAUUCAAAUACAGAAAGGGUAUCCCAAGACUAUUUCCACUUAUUGGAUGGGGUGUUCUCCGGCGGGUUUGAAGGCCGGGAAAAUAUCGCCGUAUCGUUCAUCUCAUGCACAUGCACAUGAUUCCGCUCGUUCCUCUUCUUCCUGUUCUUUUGCAAUCGUGGCGAAAUACAUUGUCUUAGUAGCUAGUUUUAUUUCAACAUAUCUCCUGAUACCGAAUAUACGUUAAGUGAUAGAUUUGGUUGAUAAAAAGGGUCCAGCAGAAGCCUGAUUCAGGCGUUUAGUUAGGCUGAAAACGGAGCAAGAUUGUAAAAGACACGAUAGUGGCGGCGGGGUGAAAUGACGAGAGGCUUGGGUCGGAUCGUGUUCAUCACGCGAAUGGACCCAGACCUCCCUCCCACAUAGUCAAGAAAUAGCAUUAACAUCAAAUCAGGCGACUGUUUUAAAUCAGAGCCUUUAAAUUGUUCAAAUUUUUUUUUAGAGUAAAGGUCAAUCAAUCAAUCAGUUAAACAAUUAAAUAAUAUAAAGAUAAACCGAGUAACUUACUCUUCAGGGGACGAAAUAUAUAUAUUUUCGAUAAUUUGUUUUCAUCGGUACUCUUACCCAAAAAACAUUUCGAAAUCCCAAUACGACGCGAUGUACAUAUAUUUAUUUAUAAUAACUUUUAUAUAUAAAAGCGAAGUAAGACACCUCUUAAAGUAAUUUUAAUAUAUUUCAUAAAGGAAAGAUUUAAUGUUAAAAACAAUGUGUGGUUCAGCGUAUGAAUAAAAACUGCAUAUCACAUUUAGCAGAUAUAUAUUUAGCCAAACAUAAACUUAAGGUCAAAAAUGUUAUUUUUUCGGAUUGGUUUCAUUCAGUGGGACCUAGCUAAUCAUGGUUAGAGUAUACACUGGUUAUCUAUUUUAGAAAUAUUAACUUGGACAUAAAAUUUUCCCUUCCCUUCCCUUCAACCUAAAGAAUAAAGAGCGAAGUUAAGGCUGUGUCCUGUUUUACUCUGUUCUCCGACGAGUUUACCCUCAAAGCAGGCACUGAUGAAUCACGGGAAAUUCGCACUGGCGCGAGGUCCAUACCCUGAUGCCUUAUUGCUUUCGUGUUGCAUUUUGAUCGCGUUUGCAAAUGCAUUUGUUUUCUCUUAGUCUCAUGCCCACAAUGAUAAUGCCAUCUUUGACGAAAAAUACGCAUGCGUCACCAAUCAGAGUCCAUUGGAGAGCCAGUUUCAUACCGAAAUAAGCGGCUAUUCUACGAUUACAUUACAGCGUUGCAAGAUUUCAUGACUAAACGACAUUCUCUCUGCAGUGUGGCAACUGAGUUAAACUCGUGCCAGUUUGACUUGUUCUUGUUAGACCCGUGCACAUCUCAGCGGGCCGGAAUCCAAAAUCCUCGAAUGCUUGGCUAGUUGCGUUUUUCGAUACGGAUAAGGUUUUUGAAACAUUUCAUCAAUAUUCACAGCAUGAUGUUUAUAAUGUGAGACAGUAAAUAUAUCUCACUAUUACUAACAGCACAACUUGGCUUUCAAAAUUUUUCGUAAACAAUUAGCAAUUCUGUUUAUGGUGUUCGUGUUGUAAUCAAGCGAAAACGAAGUGAAUACUACGUUACUGAAUAAAAGAUGUUAAGAGCUAGAACUUAAACUGAUAACAACUUAAACCGAAGGUGAAAAACCUCUGCCAGCGAAAGAAAGGAAGUAGGCACCUCUCACUUUUUUCUAAGCCGCUACUGAUCGCGACAUUUAUUAUCUCGCUUCGUUUAACUGACUGAACGCCUGGAAUAGGCUGUAAGGCCCAUGAAAACUUCAGAGUGCGUAGGAAGAGCGUGGGAAGUGAGAAAUACACACCGUAAAAAAAAAAAAAAAAAAAAAAAGAAAUACACACCGUACAUAGACGUGUGUGUAUUUCUCAUUUCCUGUAUCCCGUAUCAUUCGAGAUCUGACCGAUCUCAUUUAAAUGGCUGUUUGAGCUGUUCAUAAAUUCAGCUAAGUCGUGCAUGUCAUAAAAUCCAUACUCACGAGACGUAUUUUGGAUUGACUCAUACUUCAAAGUUUUUCAGUAGAAUCUCUAUUCUAGAUAUACACAAAUCACGGGUAAUCUCGUUUCGGGGGAUUUUGACACCUUGACUGCGAUCGUAUUAUUCUAAACCACAAGUAACCCCAUUAUGACUUAUUAGGGCAAGAAAGAAGAUUAUGACCUCUGAAUCUCUUUUGAUUACGGCUGAAACGUGAUAACCUUUUCAACUGGCCACAACGGACCUUAAUCAGUUUUCUCUGUUUUUGGAGAAUCGCUGAGUGGUUAUUUGUUGAACAAAGCAAAUCCAAUCACAUCCGUAUAAGCGCAGGGAUGAAACUGUGUCUGGCUAUCAGACGAUUUGUACAGUUGAGCGAUGAUGGUUUUAGCUCCUUUCUUUAUUGAUUUUUUUUGUGAUCAGCAUCAUACGGUAAAUGGCAAAGAUGAAACCAAUUCAACAAGUGAUUAAUAUGUAUAAUAUCAAUAUAUGCCCGACCUAAGCCGUGUAUUUUUUUUCGCUCCGUUUUACUCAGUGCUCGCUUGGAACAGGAAAGAACGAUACACUUAGGUCAAAUUCAUUUCUCUGUCAGUCAUUUUCAUGGGGGCAGCACGCAGCAUAAACCUGUAUAGCUUUUAACGCGGAGAGCUCGAGAUAUCGGUAACACCAAACAGGAAUAUAUUCGCGAUAGACAGCAGCUGUUUCUAGCCAGCCGUCUUCACUUGGUGCUUUGGCAAGUGCACAUCGUUGCGUGACAUCCCUGAAAACCCUUCUGCCCAAGAGGCCCUUUGUCUUUUACCGAAACAAAUAACAUUUUAUAUAAAACUGAUGGAAUUUUUUGAUGGAUUCCUAGUCUCUCUAGAGAUUUUUCUCAGGGCAUAGACUGCCUUACUCUUAAAAUUUGGUAUUUUAUUGAAUUUAAAUUUUGGUAGAUAUUUUAUUUCUCAGAAAUUUGGACGAAAAGGAAUACGUGGGAUCAUGUGGCGUACGUGACGUUAAUUGAUGACGUCAGUGGAGCGGAUUUCCGCUCGCCGGAAGUUGACCAAAUUUGACUGAUAAAAGUCACUAUGAGACUACACUUUGUGGGACAGUUGUAACGCACUGACAAACGACAGCAUAAAAGAAAGCAAAACUGAACCAAAAAACUUAAAAUCAAUAACGACAAGAAAAUGAUGAUGAAAAAACGAGAGAGAAUGAAAUGAAAAAAAUUUGAGAAGAUUUUUAACUCAAAACCGAAAAUGAUGGACACCCCAUUGAGAGCUUCAAGCCUAUUUGCGGUAAUAUUAUGUCAUUCAUGGGUAUUCGCGCGAAAGAUUUCGUGCAAAAAUUAUCGUACCGAUGAAAAUCAUCGAACCUUGCUUGAAUCAAUGACACACGGCUGAUCGGAAAAUGAAACGAAAAAGAUGUCACAGUCUAACUUACUUUAAAAGCAUAUCAUAGCAUUAGCUUGUUUGAUAUAACUGAACAACAGAAAAUUAAACUGCAGAGGGUCAUUUAUUCGGCUUACAGCAAUUUCAUCCCUAGAUUGGUCAAUCCACUCGGAACAAUUGGUGAGUUGUUCCGAGGAUGUUUUAAAAGAUCUUCCAGUGGGGAGUGUUGAAAAGCUUCAGGUAGUUUGCUGAGGUAUCAUUAAGGCGGCGCGGAGUCUCAAAAAUUAUCUGAUAUAAAACGUGAUAAUGUGCUCGCUGCGGCGGUUUGUUUAUCUACAAACAAAUUUCUGCGCACACCAAAUAAGAGGAAACACUGCAAGGACGUUUUGAAACAAGAAGUAAUUAAUAAGACUAUUUGAGACAAAUGCAAGCGUACAGUUUAAAAGACAAACCACAGAUUGAGUCAGUUAGUGUAUAAGAAACAGAUAAAGAAGGAAUAUAGCAGCUGUAUUACCCAUGGCGCCGCGGAAGAUGAUAUUCCUCGAAUACGCUAUACAUAGAAGGUCUUGAAACCGCCUCCUGUCCCCUUAACCCAUCAACUCCUACGAGUGACCAAAACAGAAUUUCUCCUUACGAUGUCAAUACAAUGUCAAGUAGACAAGUUGAAGAGAAUAAAGGAAAAUAUCAAUUUAGGUUAAAGAGCAUGAUGACAUGAUGUUUCAAUUUUUAUUGAACAGUUCCUUCGAACAAUUUAAUUAUGCCAUUACACUAGUAAACGUGAUGCUUUUCUGAUAAGAAUAACAUUCUCACAACUAAGACUUGAAUUACUUCUCCGUACCUUUCGGUUUUUUUUUUCAACAAUAUCUGUUGUUUUAACAGUGACAAAAUCAAAAAGCUUCCAGCGAAUCCAGCAUCACGCAAGUUUGUUUUUUUUGUGAUAAGAUGGGCGAUAUUGGCCAGACAUAGAGCAGUGAAAAACAACCGCUAGGAAAUGGUAACAGAAUUUGAUUUAAAUCGUCGGUACUUGCGUGAAACGCCAGACGCGAAUCAGCCUAAGAUAAAGAUCAAUUAAUAUUCAAAUCAGGAAAGCUGAUCAUGAAUUGAAAAUCUGUUCGAACCUUGUUCGGCUGUCGUCAACUUUCCUCGACUCUGAAAUAUUAUAGCACCAACAGCGAUGGUCAUAUAUGGAGGGAAUAUCCAAUGUUUGGCAAACACAAGGUUGUUAGUCUUGGCAAAUAAGCUUUCCUCUUAUCUGUCAAUAGGGUUCGAGAGAGCAGCAGACUACACUGUUUCCGUUUUCACGCGGUUUACGUAUACAUACAAUACAACUUGUUGAGUAAUCCCCUCAACUUUGCCAAAUAUGGAAGUGAAAUCGAAAACCACUGUUUGUGGCGGAAGUGGGCACUUACUACGAUCAGUUUCUUAUAAAUUAUCCACACUUUUCGACCUUUUUCAAAGUAGUGUGCACUCCUUUUCCUGAGCAUUGAAAAAAAAGGUCUAGAAUAGUGUGACAGAGGCGCUAUAAACAAAUCUUGUGGUGGUGUUACGAGGGUCUUUUGCUUCGUUAUACACUUGGCAUCUAACCACGCAAAGGGCGGUUUUGCUUAUAAAGAAAAGAACCUUCUCAUUUGACUUCAGUUGGGGACGACGAGUCAACUUGGCCACAAGUCUGCACAGAAAGACACAGAGUAAUUUUUUCGGUGCUAAAAAUUUGUUGUAAGCAGUGAAGCGGAGAAUGGCGUUCAGUGAAAUUAUCGUCACGUUCUGUUUCCUCGUUUGUUUACAAAAUCUCGUUGCGGAAGGAGGUCCAGUUAAUUCAAAGCAAGUAGCAGAAGGAAUUGUAAGUAAUAAUAUAAUUUGUUCAUAAACUCGUUGUAAGUUCGAUGUUGUCAUGCAAUAUGCCAGCGCAGCACGAUUGAAUUUCCUUUGUGAACUUAAAUAUCGUCGGGAACCAUUGAUCAUAAAUUUGUCCGAAUAAAAAGCAGUUGUACCAUCUUCGAAACGCUAUUUAAUCAAAAUCCAUGGGUGAAUUGCAGCCUGUGAGUAAUCGCUCUGAAAUUUCUUGAAGGAGGCUUUUAACUACGUCGACCGAAAUAGCUCUUAUAUCCGAGAAAGAAAAUGCUCAAUCAUGCCUAGCUCUAUAUCACAAAUUACGUCAUCCUUCACCGACCACGCUGUGUGAUGUCUCCCAAGAGAGUCACUCAUCCAAGUUUAAUUGAUUUAACUAAUUUGCCUAAGAUACAUUGUUCAGACGUGGCGAAAAUGAAGAGACAUGGGUGAUCAGUUUUGCGUGUCGUCAAUGUGUAUAUACGUAUAUCAAAACCAAGUCGGCUGUGGCGACGUGACCCUUUCAUCUUUAUUUCCUCUGAUUUGUCUUUUCCCAGGAGGAGUUCCGCGUUUACGCGGAAAACUUACUAGGGGAACUCCUGAUCAUUUAUUUUGAAAAGAUGCCAAAUGAUAUCUUUGAUUUCGUUUUUUUUCGAAAGAGGAACUUUUAAACACGUCAGAUUCAUUACAAAAAGAGGAACUGAUGACUAUUGAUGUUUAAGCCACGAUUACAGUUUCGUUAUUACAAAGACUGAAAUAGAGUCGAAAGGCCCUGCAUGGGGAGGGGUAGAGGAUUUUGAACUUGCACCUUUCAGUUCGCCCUAAGUCGUUGAACGCGCUGGUUUGAGAAGAUUAACUCACAUCGUACCAUUGGCUUGUUGCCACUUUUGAUUGAAACCAGGCACGAUUACCAGGCGCUGUACGGAGAAUGAGCCCGCGCUCCUUUUCCGAGAAAACGGCGGAAAUUAGAACAAACCAAAACCGGAAGCCACACGUUGGACGGCAAAGUCACUACCGCAUGAAACUAAUUAGAUACACUUAUAUUAAAACUCGAGGAAACUUCAACAGCUAGACCAGUUGGAAACUGCGUCUGCAAACAUGUAUUUUGUUCACUGUCCGUGAAAAUUUAACUCUUCAUGCGAAAGUAUUGUAGUUCCAGUUAUAUGACCGCAGGGGGAAAAAAACUCGACAUCGAAGACUUGUUGUCAGUCAACAUUAUUGAUCUAUUGAUUUAAUAUUUGUUUAAUCUCCUCUCAAUCUCGUUAGGAUUAUCUGACAAAGUUUGGCUACCUGAUGAACGAUGACCCAAGAACUGGAAAGUUGAGAACAAGACAAGAUUUAGAGAAAUCCAUCAAAAUGCUUCAACGAUAUGCCAACUUGCGAGAAACUGGGCAGAUGGAUGCAGAUACUAUUGCGCUGAUGGGCAAAUCUCGCUGUGGUGUGGCAGACUACGGGAAUUACAACUCCGAUAACACGCGACGAAAGAAAAGAUAUACUUUACAAGGAACAUAUUGGAAGAAAAGUGUAAGUCAAGUUUUCCGGUUCUGUGUGAAUAAUCAGACGCUAGAAAGGAUGCCGGUCGCAACGUUCUCGUUCAGCAUAUAAAAGAAAGAGAAAGAUCGUACUCAAGUCUAUUAUUUUUCAUGUUGUAUGACGUGCGAAACUUCCGUUAAAUUUAAGAAAAGCUCAACUACAUACAUACAUAUCGGAAAGACAGCAAAAAAUUUACUAGAUUAAAAAAAUAUACAAACUGAAAAAACCUAACAAAGAUUUUCACAUAAAGUGAGAUGUUUAAAAUUUAACAGGAUUUCAAGCGAUAAAAUUUGAAAAAGAAAUGCGCAAAUUGUACACUUACUUUGACUAAUUGGGAGAAUCAGACAAAAUUGAAUUUCAAAAGAGCUGAAGAAUCAUUAGUUUCUCAGUUAUACUAUUAAUCUAUAUCAUUUUAAUUGUUCUUUAAACAAACUCUUGCUUGUAUUAUACGUCUUCUACAAAUUUCGUUUGUAGUCGAUUUGCUCUGAUAGGAAAAUCAUGUUCUCCUUCAAUUUAACAGGAUCUGACAUACAAGAUUAAAUCUUUCACAAGAGACAUUCCCAGCCAAGAGAAACAGCGUCAAAUAUUCAAGAAAUCCUUUGAUAUGUGGAGUGCUGCUUCAAAUAUAAGAGUCACGGAGAAUCCACACGCCAACGAUAAAGACGUUGACAUUCAUAUCAGUUUUGUAAACGGGUAUCACGAAGACGCGUAUCCCUUUGAUGGACAGGGCGGAACACUGGCGCACGCGUUUUACCCACACAACAACUUGGGUUAGUAUACAAACAAACGGACAAAAAAACCAUUUGUUUGCAUUUCGAUUGACAAGUGUCAUAAACCAUAACCAAAGUAAUCACAAAGGCCAAUCAGAACAAGGGAAAAGUAUAACAACGAGGACUCGGCCAAUGAAAAUUCGGAUUUUAAUCAAGAAAACAACUCGAAGCGCGGGAAAACGCAAUUGGCCAAAGUCGUGAUUAGUUUUAGUCUUGAAUCUGAUUUGAUGAGAGGCUGGCGCGAGUUUCAAGGACAGAUCAUAUUGCGAAUUAAAGCAAAAUCCCAGCACUACCGGCUUACUUUGGACACUAAGUCGAAAUUUCUCUAAAAUAAUGAAUCGGAAAUAAUUAACAAACUAAAAAAACACAGAUUAAGAAAUGAGAAGUGAAAAGGAAACGCGGAAAGGAAAAGGGGAAGAAUGGAAAUAUGGUAAAGAUGAAGUGGAAAGUUUAGAAAAGUUUCAGAGGGAGCUUUGGAACGGGAAUAAGUAACGAUCGGACAUUGUGAAUAGAAAUGUAAAGAGGAGAACAAGAAAGGAAAACAGUCUUUCAAUUGUUUUCUUUGUUUUGUUUGUGUCUCUGGCAACCAAGUUGGAAAGGAUGUUGUAAAACCGCGAGAACAAGUCGAAAGAGACGCACACGCAAGAGGUUAUAUUACUCCAAUGCAUUUGGAUGACACAUUUGUAGAUGAGCGCAAAAUCUUUUACUCGUCUGAAGUUUCUCUCCUAGCCUUAUAUAAUUAAAAUUGUCUAUAUUUAUCUGUGUUUUACAGGACUUUCGGGUGACGCACAUUUUGACGAUGCGGAAAGAUUUACCACAGGGACAUCUGACGGCAUCAAUUUGGACUGGGUGGCUAUUCACGAGUUUGGACAUUCUUUAGGUCUGGAGCAUUCCAAUGUGCGAGAAUCUAUCAUGUACCCUUGGUACAAGGGUUAUGUUCCUGAUGUAAAGCUCACUAAUGACGAUAUCCUGGGAAUACAACAGCUUUACGGUAAUUGGCCAAACAAGCUCUUUUAAAGCGCAAUUCCAUUCAUUGUUGCUCAGCCAAAAAAUAUGACGAGGAGCUUGUGACAGCUCAAAGUAUAAAAUUUAUGAUGGUUUAGUUUUUCAUGCAACUAUGGUUAAGGGAGUAACACGAUCGAGUUUUUUCCAAAUUAAUUACGCAACUAAGUUAGCAAAAUAAUCUUUAUAAAAACAUUUCUUUCGAUAUUCAACUAAAAAUUUGUUUCUAGGAGUAAGCUUUUGUAAAGUAAGGCAAAAUCAAACAAUGAUGGUGAGAGCUAUAGAGCAACGAGUGUCUCAUGCAAGAACGUCAUUCUUUCGUCAACAAAUCAGCUCCUUAGCUAUGGCGCAAAACAAUAUGUUUCAAACGCUAGCCAUGCUUCGCAGCGUUUUUUUGACUGGAGAUUCUCAAUUUAUUUUCUCAGGAAAACCGAUCAAUAAACCAGGACCCACAAAUGGCCCAGCUGCGACGCCAGCACUAACAACCACUGAACCUCCGCUCCCUGAAGAAAAUGAUGUUUGUUCCAUUCCUACUUAUGACACGUUCUUUAUGGGCCCUGACAAGCGCACGUACGCGAUAAAGGGUACUCAAUACUGGAUCAUCAAAGAUGUUCCUGGUGCAGGCUUGGAGAGUGGACCUCACAGGGUUAAGGACUUGUGGAAGGAACUUCCUAACAGGAUAGACGCUGCCUACACCUUCGGUGGUAAUAGGCUGGUUUUCUUCAGCGGAUCCAAGUGAGUGUCUGUCAUUAAUUCAGCUCUAUCAACUUUUCAUCAUAAAACUUCUACACAAUUCCUGGCAUUCUGUGGUCUUUUUCGCAGUUGUUCUUUUAAUUCCAAGAGUUAAAAAAGUGCGUUUUAUUGACCAUUAGUGUUUUAAGUUGCGGCAACAUGAGUUUUUCACCGUACAAAUUUCCUUAGUUGGUGACCAAUUCCUGUUUCUUAUACCUUCUUCUUCAAUUUCCUGUGGAGAUACAACUGAAUGACUACAUUUGAUGUCAUGCCAUAAGCAUCUUCCAUCAAAUACUUUCGUGUGAGGAAAUACUAACUUUUCUCCGCGCGUUUUGAUCGGUUAAAGUAUAAAGGUUCGGCUAACUUUGCUGGCUUUUUUUGCUAAUUCUGUUUUCUCCUCUUAAGGUAUUGGCGUUAUUACUACGACAGCGGCCGUGAUACAUACAGAAUUGAAUACAAAGAACGUGCUAUCACAGAAUUUGGACUACCAAUGACUCUAAAAGACAUGGACGCUGUCUUUACUUGGGGAAGAAACAAGAGAACGUAUUUCUUUAAAGGUGACAAGUAUUGGCGCUACAACGGCCGCACGAUCGAUUCUGGUUACCCAAGGAGCAUCAGUGUUUGGGGAGGAGUGCCGGCAAAUUGCAAUUCUGUUAUGAAAUGGAGGAAUGGCAAAACGUACUUCUUCAAAGGAUCAAAAUACUUCAGACUCGAUGAUUGGAGGAUUCAAGUUGAGGCUGAUUAUCCCAAGAGUAUAGCGCUGAAAUGGAUGAGAUGCGAGAAAGAGAACUUAGCCGUAGAGAAAACCACUGAAACAAGCGGGGUGGACAAAGGAGUGAACGGGACACAGAGAGACAGCUGUAAUCAUGAUCACGAAGUCUCAUCUGGGUCAGCGGUCUAUCCAAGUGUUUUUACAAUUUGUUUAAUGGGUUUAGCUUUUCUCAGACAGAACUUUUAAUUUGGAGCCACUUUUGUGUAGCAGCUUAGGUACUCGAUCCCGAUAAACUUUGAAAUGAUACCUUGCUGUCAGAGUGGCUAAAGUUGAAGACGAGCGUAGCUGCAAACACGCGAUAAACGACUGUUUUAUUGAAAAAGGACGGAUUGCGUGACAAGCUACACAGUAGUCACGCCACAAUUCUUCCUCAAGAACCGAAAGCUUACAAACCUGGCUUUAAGUGUUUAGGAAUAUAAUUUAUUGCAUUUGCUUCCAUCAUUUUUUGUACCAACAGCAGAAGUUUUAAAGUUAUUCUUCUUCCAACUUUUCCCUAGGAACUGAGCAGUAGAGGAAUUUUUUUCAAACUUAGGCUGUUUAUAAUUUAUUUUUACAUAUUGUGCCAUUUCUAUUUUAAUCUGUCUCUCUUGUACAUAUGAAUAAAGGGGUAAGUUUCUAAAGAAACUGUGGUGCUGCGUCGGUGGGAGAGUAUAGCAGGUAAUUUAGUGUUAACAA